CCAGUCAUUGGCAGUAUUUGUUCCCGUGGCCGCAGCUUUGGUUCGUCUAUUUCAUAAUUGAAAGUUUGGUGCAAAAACUAGUUUACUAGAUAGACGAUAUUUGUGUUUUGUGAGUGUAGACCGCGAAACAGUAACUAAAACUAACUAGAUUUGUUGACUGAAGGAACUGAUGUUCGGCUAAGAAUUAUGUCGGAUAUUGGUGCAGGAUUACGAUCGGUCACACGUCAAGUCAGCUGACAUAUUGCGCCCUGCUACACCGCAACAGCUCUUGUUGUGGAGAGAGAGAAGGGUCUUAAGAGACAAAGCGAACGCGCGCAUCGAGAGUGGCCAAAGCGAGAAUUGCGCCGCCGAGAAUUACAAAGCACAAGUCAGAAGGGAAGAGAGCUCCCCCGACCGACGGUCGACUAUCGGUCGUAACUGCACGUCAUCUAACGUGUCUUAACACGAUAAGGAUAGACGAAGAACCUACUUAAAUGCCUCGAACGAAUUCUUACUCCAUGUUGUGCGUUGGUUGCGACACGACUGCGUGUUGGAAAGUGAAUGUAUGGUGACACGCGGUCGUGAAGGAACAACUGGAGAGCGAGCUGUGGCAAGACAACAUUAAUUAUCUCCUACUUAGUUGAUUGCAACUUGCUCGAUAUUCUUUCGAGUAAUUGCAAAUAGGAUAAAAAUAAGAACUUAUUCAAUCAUUGAGGUUCUAUUGAGAUAAACAAAGAAAAUGGAGCGAGAAUCUAAUCCUAUGCAAGCUCUAUGUCGCAGCGGUUGUGGAUUUUAUGGCUCUCCAGCCACAGAUGGCCUUUGUUCUCUUUGUUAUAAAGAAAAUCUAAAAAAGAAGCAGCAACCUCCUGUAUCAGCUGCCACUGUACCAACAUCACAGACCGUCUCUGGUAACGCUGGUACGUUGCAGGGCGGUUUCGGUAGUCCUGCAGCUACAGGAAAUACAGCCCAACCUACCAUUCCUACCAUACCUCAAUCAACAACAGAUCUACCCAAUCCCAAAGAAAUAAAUAGGGAGGAUCAAGAAAAUGAAGUAGGUGUAAGCAGUGGAGCGGUAGCAGAAGGAUCUGUGAGUAGUGGGGAUGCAGAUGAUUGCUUUGAUGGCAAAGAGACUGACAAAGAAUCUAAGAAGAAGAAAAAUCGUUGCGCCGUGUGUCGCAAAAAAGUUGGUUUGACGGGAUUUGAAUGUCGUUGUGGAGGACUGUUCUGCUCUGUGCAUCGAUACAGUGACAAGCAUGAUUGCAAAUUUGAUUAUAGAGAAAUGGGCGCUCAAGAGAUUCGGCGCAACAAUCCAGUUGUUGUUGGUGAAAAAGUGCAAAAAAUUUGAACUAUUUAGUGCGUAGAUCGUUGGGAAAAUGGUUAUAUAACUAUAUAAACAAAACAGAAUAUAAAACAAAAAAAACGGAGAAAAUCGAGAUAAAUUAUCUGGCAGCUGAUUGCACGUCGAGGGGCGAGACGGAUGAAUGUAAGGAUUGUGAAUGAAAGGGAAUAGGAAAUUAGUAUGAAAGAAUAUGAGAGUAAGAGAGAGAAAGAAAUUGUAGUAAAUGUGUUAGAACAGUUAAGAAUGAAAGUAUGAAUUUAUGCGAGAGAGAUAGAAAAGAAAAACAUGAGAGAAUGAAAAUUUAAAAAAAAAUUGGUUUGUACAUGAUAUGCAAAUAUAUAGGAUCGCCGAAAGUAGACGAAAUUUUCCGAAGGAAGAAUGAAACAUAAAUAGAAAAGAAAGAUUAAAACGAAAAGCAAAAAAAGAAAAACAAACAAAGAAAUAGAAAUUAGAGUGCGUGCCGCGUGUACGAAUGCUUUGAGAAAAUUUUUGGAUGUUAGUGCCAUGUCAGAUUGUCAUCUAAGCGAGAGUUUUAAUCGAGAAUAUAUUUGGUUCUAACUGC